AUGUCAGUCAUUUUGAACUCCUGGUUCCUAGCCGUGUUUUGCACUUGCAUUACGCUACUCUACCAUCUCAUUGCCGGUAGCGAUGGAAUUGGCUCCGUUCUCAGUCUGUUGGGCCUCGAAGUACUUUUCUUGGCACUCUGGAUUGGAUACUGGAUCAUUCUGUAUCCAACUUACUUUACCCCUCUGCGCAAUCUCCCCACCCCGCCAAAGCGCAAGUACCUCACAGGAAAUAAGGACAUCUACUUCCUCGACAACCCCUGGACCGACUUUCCUAACGUCGUCAAGUCGAUCCCAAACAACGGCUUGAUCCGGUACUACGGUGCCUUCAGCCGCGAGCUGGUGCUCGUGACCAAGCCGCACGCGCUGCGCGAGAUGCUAGGCGUCAAGGCGUACGACUUCAGCCACUCGAGUCUUGUCAAGCUGGCCAUGAAGCGCUUUACAGGCAGCAACUUGGGCUUCCUGUCCGAUGAGGAGACCAAGCGCCACCGCAAGAGUCUACUGCCGGCCUUCACGACGGCGCACAUCCGCGGUCUUGUCCCGCUGUUCUGGAGAAAGGCCGAGGAGAUGACGGCAUGUUUCGACAACGAGCAGACGGCACGGGGGGCUGAUGCCGUCAUUUCGCUGGGAGAGUACGGGUCAAGAGCUACGCUCGACGGGAUCGGGCUGGCAGGAAUGGGGUACAAUUUCGACACCCUACACAAGCCCGACAACGAACUGCGAAAGCGUUACAGGAAAAUGAUCAUGGAGCCCACCCGCGCCUUCUACUGGAUUGAACUGCUGAGCCAUCACAUUGAUUUCCGUCUGCUGCUCAGGCUGCCCCUCAAGAAGAACCUCGAGGUGGUAGAGGCCAGCAACUACCUCCGUGGCGUCGCCAGAACCGUCAUCAGGGAACGUGAGAAGGCGCUACUCCAGACAAAGACGGGAGGGGAUAGUGGUAAUGUAGUUGGGUCAGGGGAUGGCAAGGACAUCAUCACAGUUGCGCUGGCGAGCGGUUCGUUUCAUGGCGAGCAGCUCGUCGACCACGUCAUGACAUUCCUCACAGCCGGCCACGAGUCCACUGCCACUGCCUUUGAGUGGACCAUGUACGAGCUGGGCCGGAACCCCGAAAUCCAACAACGCCUGCGUCGCGAGAUCAGUCAAGCCAUCAUAUCCAAUGCUUCUGAUGAUGUAGACAACCCAAGAUCAAAUCCGGGCAUCAUCGUACAGGACCUGCCAUACCUCAAUGCCGUGCUGAGCGAGGUGCUCCGACACUACCCCUUCAUCCCGCUGCUCGUCCGCGUCGCGCAAAAAGAGACGACCCUCGUUGGGCAGACCAUUCCCAAGGGCACGCCCGUGUUGUACUCGGCAAUGGCCAUCAACCACGACGAGCAGCUUUGGGGCCCAGACGCGCAUCUAUUUCUUCCUGACCGAUGGCUAUCAUCCCCUCCUGGCAAUAACAACAAUUCACAACAACUGGGCACCAUGGGCAACUACUCGAUGCUUACAUUCGGCGCGGGCAGCAAGUCGUGCAUCGGUCACGCUUUUGCGCGGGCCGAGUUGGCGUGUUUGGUGGCGGCUGUGGUGCGGAGGUUCGAUAUUGAGCUAGUCAAUGCAGCAACGGCUGGUCGCAUCAAGUUUGGGUUAACGAACAAGUCGGCCGAGGGAAUGCUUGCGAGACUGACGCCUGUACAUCAAUAA